AUGGAGUGUCAUUGGUCAAAGCAGAUAUGGUUUGCUUCCUCUUUAGGUGUGGUAUUUAAUUCACAUGAGUCCAGGUAUGUUCCUUUUCAUAAGUGGUUAAAGGAAAAUAUUAUUGAUGUCGAUGAGGAUAUUAUAGCCCAUGUUCUGGCCUUGUGUUAUGAGAUAUGGUGUGCUAGAAAUAAGAAAUGUUUUGAGGGGAUUGAUGUUGAUUUGGCUGCCAUUAUUCAAAAGGCACAACGAUCUAUUGGGAAUUUUAAGAGUGCUAGUACGAUGUUGGUGGAUACACUAAGUGGAGGUCCAAUUUUGCCAAUUUCUGAUGUUCAUUGGACACCUCCUUUUAGUGGUUUCUAUAAGCUUAAUGUUGACGCAGAAAGUCCGAUAGAGGGUGAUAAGUGGGGUAUUGGUGUUGUGGUGAGAGAUAAUGAAGGUGUUGUCGUUGAUGCUAGUUAUUGGCAAGUCUUUUCAUUACCAAAUUCAGAGGUUGCAGAAUCCUUAGCUAUGCGGAAGGGUUUGGAAUUUGCAAAUGACAUGUCUUUUCUGAAUCUUAUAGCAGAAUCAGAUGCUUCUAAUGUGGUUUUAGCGUUAAAUGCUCACCAACAACCUCCCAACUAUGUUGGCUCUAUUAUUCGAGAUUGUAUAAGUAUUAAGGGUAGUUUUCGUAGUUUAAUUUUUUUGCAUGUUAGGCGUGAAGCCAACCAAGCUGCUUAUUAUUUAGCUAAAUAUGCUCUUAAGAAUUUAAAUUGCAUAUGGGUCGAAGAAACUCCGUCUUAUAUUUAA